AUGUCUGCAGACAAUCUCACCACGUUGAUGCGCUCUGUGCAGUAUUGGGGACCGGUGACGGCAACACUGGAUUGGUGUGAGGCCAAUUAUCAGUUCUCAAGAUACAUCGCCGAGGCGGCAAACACCUUCUCAAAUGUGUUCACGGUCGCCUUAGCUUUAUUCGGUGCAUACCAAUCGCACCUACAGUCUCUUCCCCCCCGUUAUCUGGUUGGCUAUGCGGGCUUUGCGCUUGUUGGGGUGGGUAGUUUCAUCUUCCAUGCGACGCUGCUCUUCGAAGCACAGUUGGCAGAUGAACUGCCUAUGGUAUAUGUUGCCACCUACUUCUGCGGCAUCCUUUUCGACACAGCGCGUGGGUUUGGGCUGCGCGGUUUCCCUGCUCUCCCCCUCGCUGCGUCUUUCAUGGCUUUCAACGUAGCCUUUACCUGGUCAUACUACAUCAACCGCAAUCCCAUAUACCACCAGGCAGUCUUUGCUUCUCUGCUCGCUGUUACUGGUAUACGCACUAUCCACCUUCUUCGUAGUCCAGAAAUCGCAAAGCGAGUUCCGGAGGACGUCAAAUCCGUUGUGGCACGGCUAUUUUCCUCUGGCGCGGCUACCUUUGCGUUUGGGUUCCUUGUUUGGAAUCUUGACAAUGUCUUCUGUGAUACUCUCACGCGAUGGAGGUACAGUAUCGGCUGGCCUGUUGCUUUCCUCCUCGAGGGUCACUCCUGGUGGCAUGUACUGACGGCUACUGGAACAUAUUUGAUGCUGAUCGGAAACACAUAUUUGCAAACAUAG